GCAGAUACAUUCCCAAGCUUCGCCUUCAUCGGGCCUCGCUUCGACCAUCCACGUGCCAGCCAUCGUCCGAAUCCAAACGACCUGUACCAUGGUCGGCGGCAACGAGCUGAUUUCGGGCAUGGGCCUGGUUGUUGCAGGCAUCGAAGUGAUUCCAGCUAAGUUUCACCACCCCGAGCUUCGACCCUCCUACGAGGAGGCCACCCGGUUAAACCAGCUUGCCAGCCAAAUACUCGAGUGCGCCAAGGCUGUUCAAGACGCGCUUACCGAGUGUGCAGCGGCAUGGGCACCAGACGUGCCGAAAAAGGCCGACGAGCACAUGUCUAUAGCAAGGUUGGCUUUGCAGACUGCGGCACGGGGUGAAGUAAGAGGCCUGGGUCUUAAGAAAAAUCUCGGGAUAAUCUUCAAGGGACCACAAGGCUCAACUCUCGACUCUCCCCAACCCAAGACGAGGAAGACACGAAGAGCGGAGAGGUGCAAGGCGCUCCGCAGCAUGGCGCCUGGCGCCAUCUUGGCAUGGGCUGUGUCACUGCCCUGCAGCUUGUGGGAAGACGUGGGGCAGCACAUCUUUAAUAACCUUCUCAAGCAAAUGGCAGACAAGGCACUGUCGGGCCUGCCGGCGAAUGCGCUGGACACGAUCCGAAGCCUGGGACAGGAAGAACCCCUCGAAGGGGUUGUAGAAUACAAGAAUUUCGUUCAAGGUGCGUCCAAUCGCCAGGCCAUGUGAGCUCAAGAGGGAGAGAUAUUGCUGAGUGGGCUGCCUAAGGAGAAGACGUCUACACAGCCGGUGGCCAGUUUGCCAACGCCGCAGCGCCGAUAAUGUGGCCGCCGAUGAUGUGGCCUGUGGAAUGGCCUGGGACGUUCCAGCCGUACAACAUCCAGAACCGUGGGUCGCUUCCGCUCCUGUCGUCAAAGACCCCCGGUUGCAUGUGCGCUACAACAUCCCAGACGAAAAGGUGAUGGGACUGC